AUGAUAAACGCUUCCCAAAUUUUAUAUGCAGACAACCCUAUAAAUCUUAGAAGAAGCCCCACUGGAUAUCCUAAUCUGUAUUCAGGCGGAGCCGGUGGAGGUUCAAUUCCUAAAAUUCAAUUACAAGACGAAUACGGAAGAAUUGGCCCAUGUCCGGAGGAAGUCAAUGAAUUACCAUGUCCACCCAAAAAUCGAUCAUUUCAAUCACCAUGCCCAGCACAAGCUUCGUCAAAUUUGUUACAAGUUCCAUCAAUUCGACCGCCACGUCGCCCACAAAGUUCUUCUCGUCGAUCACCACGUCCAAUUCAAAGUUCACCGAACGUUUCGCCAUGUCCAGCACAAGGUUCAACACAAACAGGCACACAAUUUAGUUUUGACUGUACAGCUGUUAUUCACAUAGAUUCGCCAAAUGGAGGAGCCGGUUGCCCAGAUGCAGGAUAUGACUACCAAGCUAAUUUUAAUCUAGUAAUAGAUGUUGAUAAUAAUGAAAUGUAUAUAACGUGAAACUUCCUGAGGAGAGAAGCCUUUUGCUUGAUUACAUUCAUCCAAUUUACAGUGAUGUUAUGCAAAACCAACUUAAUUAAAUAAUUAUUGUAGUAAAUGUACUAAGAAAAUUGUAACCCUUUCAUAA